AUGGAAUCAAGCGAUAGCUGGGAGGAGGCCACUGAGGAUUAUCUGGAGGUUGUUCCUUGUAAGAGAGCGGACAUCCGGAGGUCUGCAGACGUCAGGGCUGAAGCGAUCCAUAGGAUUCUAUGGAUUUUCGGGAAGAUUCUAGCGCCGGUGAUGAGGCCUGUUAUAGAAGAAAAUGUUGACCUUCAUGUCGAUGAGAAGCUUAGGGAAUAUGUGAACUCGUUGGAAAACAUUGGAGAAGCGGGUAGAGUAGUUAUCUUAUUUAAGCUUUUGAUCUUGUUUGGAAUUCCCAGCAGAAUAUACAUAGUCCUUUCCGAGGGCAUCAAGUGUUUUGUUGAGAGCAGGAUUCUAGGGGCCAUCAGAGAGCAUCAUGGGAGGUAUAAUGCAUGUGUUGUUUCGGUAGACGCCUCUCUAAGGCUUAGGGACCAGUCAUAUUACUUCUCAAAGUCCACUCGGCAUCUUGCUAGUGUGCAGUAUGUGGUUAGGCAGUUCCCCGGGCCUGAUGUGUGUGGAGAGGCAUCUUCCGAGGAGAUGACCAGGUGCUUUGAUGAUCUUGACGAAAGAAGAAUGAGCAAGAUCCCCACGUCUGUUGAAAAAAUGAAGAGGCACCCAAAAUUCAUUGUUGAGUCUAUUCUAAGGUGGGACCAGUGUAUCUACCCCAAAAGGCCAACGUUCGGACUCUUCAAGGGGGAGGCGAUAUACCUGAGGGAAAACGUGGUGAGGCUGAGAACAAGGGAGCAGCUCUACAGGAUGGGAAAGGUCAUUGACUCACCAAAACCAUACAGAAUAGUAAGGAGGGACAAGGAAAUCCGGCUGUAUGCACCGUGGCAAACACGCGACCUGGUGGUUGAGGGGUUCUGUGAGUCCAUGUACCAGGACUAUUUGCAUCCAAACUUUAUACCUCGGGACUGCGUAUACAUAGACAACAAGAAUGCAAGGGAUGUUGCACGUCUACUGGGUCUUCCACACAGAAUAUGCUUCCAUGGGUUUUCAAGGGGAGUUCCUGUCAAUAGAGGAAUAUUCCUGGAAAAGAAGAAUCUCUAUGUGUUCUCAAACUUCCUAGCACAGUAUUGCAGGUACUUGGAGAUGAAGGAGAGGAGCGAGUGUAGAUCCAUGGGACUCAAGAGAUGGAGGAUUUUGAUCAGAAAUGCAUCCAGGUACUUAAGGAUCAGAAAAAGCCUGGGAUUGAAGUAG